GAAAAGGUGCCUGCCGGGGGUCCCAGGCUGCGGCCUGCUCCCGCCCACGGCGCAUCCCUACCAGGGCGCCCCGCGCCCCAUUCCCGUCCCGGGCGCCCGGCACGCCAUUUCCGGUCCCGGACUCCCCCCAGCCGCGCGCCGUGGUUCCGCCCGCGCGUCACGUGACCGCCGCGCCAGGUCCGGCGGCUUGAUUUCGGUCAGCUGCUCCCGCCGGAGUUCGGUGCUCGUGCGCGUCCGCUGCUCCCGAGUGCCCGCCGCCUGGUGUCCACGCCCGCCGCCGAGAUGAUGUGCGGCGCGCCCACCCCCACGCAGCCGGCCACGGCCGACACCCAGGCCAUCGCCGACCAGGUGAGGGCCCAGCUGGAAGAGAAGGAGAAGAAGUUCCCGAUGUUCAAGGCUGUGGAGUUCAAGAGCCAGGUGGUCGCCGGGAGGGUCUUCUUCAUCAAGGUUCAAGUGGAUGAUGAUAACUUCGUGCACAUUCGAGUAUUUGAAAGCCUCCCACACGAGAACAAGCCCUUGGCCUUGGCCAGCUACCAGACCCACAAAGGCAGACACGACGAGCUGACCUACUUCUAGUCCCGAUUUUGCACACAGCCCGUCGCCCAUGUGGGUCUCUCCACUGCCAACCUGUGUCUGGGACCUCACGCGGUGCCACUCGGGGGGCGGGGGGGAUGCAUCUCUCCGGUGUCUCUAUUCCUCAUUUUCAUUGUGUUCAUUUUUUUCUCCCAGUCAAUGAUCUUAAGUAAAUUACUUUCAAGGA